UGGAUGAUCAUAGAGCUAGGGGAGGAAUAACGAGUGAGCUCCCUCGAAGCUUCCCCAUGGAAGUGUAGAAAAUAUAUAGACUGCAACAACCAGAUGUAAACAAACCACUUGUGGAUUCCGGAUUACCUUACCCCCCUCCAGUGAGCCCGUCGUUUCGUAAAUUGUUGCCCGCCAUGAGCUUCUCUAAUCACUUUUCCAUUGCCAACAUCCCUUAUGGAAUUGCGAGCACGUCAGAGCGUCCACGAAGUGUGGUUACAAGAAUUGGCAACUCGGUCAUCUUCCUCGCUGACUUGGACCUCGGGGUUUCCAAACAGAUUAAGGCCGCAUUGUCCCAGCCAACCCUCAAUGACCUGGCAGCCGUGGAGAAGGCCGAGCUCCAGCUCCUCCGGAAGAACACCCAAAGGCUCCUGUCUAACCAGUCCACGGUGUCAAAGUUUGGCGUACCGAUUGGUGAGGCCCAGCUGCAUUUGCCUGUCAAGAUUAAUGGGUUUACCGACUUUUCAUGCUCGAAAGAACAUCUGCUGAACGCGGCGGAGGCCGUCAUGGGCAAAGCGUUCAUGCCGCCGGCGGCCCCGUAUCUUCCCAUCGGCUACAGUGGCCGGCCCUCUUCCAUUGUUCUCUCGGGAACGAGUAUCACUCGACCUUAUGGUCAAUACCGAGAAGGAGAGCAGAUUGCCUUCGGCCCAUCAAGAGCGCUCGACUAUGAGCUCGAAGUAGCCUGCAUAAUUGGCAAGCCGACACAGCUGGGCGAUAGGGUAGCCAUAUCAGAUGCCGACGAACACAUAUUUGGCCUCGUCCUUUUAAACGAUUGGAGUGCUCGCGAUAUCCAGGGCUUCGAAAUGAACCCGCUGGGCCCGAUGAACGGCAAGUCCUUCGGCACGUCAAUCAGCCCCUGGGUGAUCACGCUUGAUGCGUUAGAACCGUUCGCGAUACAGCCGCCGGUGAAAGACGUGCCCUCGCAGCCAUACCUGCAGGACAAGAAGGAGAAACCAAGUUACGAUAUUGAGUUGAAGGCUGAGGUGUUGACGGACGGCGAGGCCACGACGGUCUGCAAAGCUCAGCUCAGCUGGAUGCACUGGACGUUCCGAGACCUCGUGGCCCAGCAGACGAUCAACGGGUGCAACCUCAACAUCGGCGACAUAUUAGCGACGGGAACGGUGUCAGGAGCUGGCAAUAACAAGCACGGCUGUCUGCUCGAGAUGACCAAGGGCGGCAAAGUUGGGUGGAAAACGACACACGGUCGAGACAGGACAUAUUUGCAGGACGGUGACGGCGUGCGCCUGAGCGGGUACGCGGGCGACGGCGUGGGAUUCGGUGAAUGCGUGGGAUUCAUUGAAGCUGCUCGGCCCUUCUGAAUCGGCAAGGAAGUCAAUUAGGGGGACGGCAGUGGUCGGAGUCAGGGGUCUUUGGGAUAUUGAGUACGGAGUAGGGUAGUGUGUAUGUGCGAAGUACGAUUGGGUCGUCUGUAAGCCCCCCCGCCUCGAGGUCUCUUCCCACUGCCUAAUCGUAGUGGUACGAAUACCGACGACGUCUCGAAAUCCGAAUUGGGAAAGCCCAGGCACCGCCUGCUUCGUUGGUGCGCAUGUAUCCAGGUAAAACUGCGGAUGUGGAUUGGCGAGUGAAUGUAGGGAUUAAUCUGGGAACAGAUGCUGUAGCGGCGGUCGACUUGCGCCGAGAAAUUUCGGGGUAUUUUCUCCUUGCUUCUUGGAGUCUUUGGAGUCUUC